AUGGCGUGCUUCCUUGUCGUCUCACUCUCGUUGUCUAUCCGUGUUCGUGACAUUGCUUACAAGAAGAGAACUACCACCGCGACCUUUCGCGCGCUCAGAGACAUGACGAGUAACUGUAAAGCUUUUGAGUUCGUGAGCCCCUCACACGAAAGCGCGAAGAAAAGUCUGAGCUCUGAUCUUGCAGUUUUGCUCGCGCUGACCGAUGCGGUUUUUGUUCUCACGACGCUCGAGUGCAAGUUCUCUCUACCAAACGUACCUUGGGCUUGCGUCAAGGGCAAGGUGGUUGACUCGUGUAUUCCGAAACAUCUUAAAGCAUUGAUCAGGAGGCACGCUUACGCGACUUCUAUAUCACAUGCAUUUAUUUUCAUGUACGCACAUCUUCAAGGGUACGAACACGUGACGAUUGUAGAGGAUGACGCAUUUUUCGCCGAGUCUGUGCGUGGCGGGUUGAUUGACGACGUGCGGGCAGUGUUACAAGGCCCGGAUGACUGGAGUUUCAUACGUCUCGGCUACAGACCGUUCUUCUUGGAAGCUCAACAUAAAAAGUCGACAGGAUUUCACCUCGAAGAUCCGAUUGUGUGCCCGAGUUCGUGCAUCUGUGCGAAGUUUGGUUCAAAUACAUGCCGGAUGGUCGAGAGCGGUUGCGACAUGAGAGGUUCUCACUUCUACAUCGCCAACGGGCGAGUAUUUGAGAGUAUGUUGACAGACUUACUCGACGUGUCAGAAAAGCACAGAGUCAUCGAUUGGUUUGUUUUACAUCGCUAUAGAAACCAAGUAUACUCGACUGGCGUCGUCGCCGUGCAAGGAGCGCUCGAUAUACCCAGAGAACUCCAGGAAGGUUAUGCAAAACUCUUCGAGCGACUGUGCGUCUUUAAGCGCUAG